UCCUGUCUCCUGUUCCUAGGGAAAGUUCAGUCCUUGACUGUGUGCAGGCUGCURCUCCACUCAGUGGUGUAAUUUCAAAAUGUUUGCUAGGCUGUGUCGUAAUGGCACAUAUUGUGGAUUAGACUUCUGGUUAGGUCUGGAAGAGGUAGACAUAGAUCUGUGGAGAGGGUAAGAAUCAUUUCAGUUUAUGCUUUGAAGCUAGAUAUGCAUAAUUUUCUAAUUCACAACAUAAGGCGUAGAGUCAUAAAGUGACUUAAGUGACUUGUCCAUUAAUGUAUGGAAAACCUUUAAACCAGAGAUGCAUUUACUCGUUUAGUACUCAUAACAGAAGAAAUAAAAACAGGCUGGCAAUUUUGGUUUAUUUCUUAAUUGUAUGAUUUUUGUUCAUAAUGUGUAGAUAUGUAGCCUCAGAACACUUUUUUUUUUUUUUUCUUUUUAAAUACUGGAUUUUGUUUCAUUUCUAGGUUAAAGUGAAAAUACCUUUUGGAAACAAAUACCUGGACGCUGUCUUUUCUGUCCCAGAAAAGAAACCAACAUAUGGAGUAAUUCUCACUCAUGGAGCUGGAGGAGACAUGAAUUUCCCUCACUUAGUGUCCUUGGCAGCCUACCUUGCAUCCCAUGGAGUUCUGUGCCUGCGGUUUACUUGUAAAGGCCUUAAUAUUGCUUACAGGACUAAGGCUUUCAAAACAGUUGUGGAAUACUUAAGACUUUCUGAUGAUUAUAAACUUUCUGGGGUUUUCCUUGCAGGCCGUUCCAUGGGCUCACGAGCUGCUGCUKCUGUGAUACGUCAGCUGAGCCAGGAUGAUGAUGAUGAUGGUUUCAUUCAAGGUCUCGUGUGUUUAUCUUACCCACUGCAUCGACCAAAACUGCAGUCCAAGCUCCGGGAUGAAGAUUUAUUACUUAUCAGGUGUCCAGUGCUGUUUGUCUCAGGAUCAGCAGAUGAGAUGUGUGAAAAACAAUUGCUAGAAGGUGUGGUGAGCAAAAUGAAAGCACCGAAAAAAAUCCAUUGGAUUGAGAAAGCUAACCAUGGGAUGGCAGUCAAAGGACGAACAACAGACAAUGUCAUGGAAGAAAUAAAUGCCCAAGUUUUUUCUUGGCUUAGAGAGAAUGUUCAUCUGGACCAGAAAUAAUUUGCAACAUUUAAGCAGUAUCUUCAUUUAGUUUUUCCUGAAUGUAGCAAAUAAGAGAUUUGUUAUUUUUGAGAGGCAUCGUUUUUUAAAACUGAUCUUUUCAGAGCUCCCAAAUGCAAAUGCAAAUAAAGCUUUCUAUGAAUGAAAAAAAAUGCAAAAUAAGAACUUCUUGAAGGACAGAAAAUAUAUCCUGGCAGCAUUGUUUUCUGUGUUUCAGUGCAAAUAACCAUAUGCAACACUUCAGAAUACAGAGCACUAAGUAAAUGCUUUUGACCAMUAUUUGAGGUAAUAUACUGGAAAAAAUCUACUUGGACAGCAUAUGUUUAGGGGGUCUUAAAUUUAUAAGUAUAUUGCUGAUGCUGUAUGUGCUUGCAAUUAAAACCUGCUGCAUUGUAGGAUUCUGCCAGCACGGCCCCUGAGGCUGGUGAACCUGGUGUACUGUGCCUUGCUGUAUCCUGGCACUCACUCACAGUGUGCUUCAAAACCAGUGAGGCAGGGAGAGGAAUCUCYGGUCAUUUACAGUGUCUGCCACCUUAGGGAGCAAGGAUCUGCCUGUGUGGGGAGGAAGAGGUAAUGCAGGYACAGCAUUGUGGGGCAAGAAUAUGGGUCACAGUUUUGAGAAGACCCCUUCAGCAAUGUCCUUUGUGUAGAGGACUGAUCACAGAGCCCCUCAAAUAAAUCAAAACUGAUAGAAGACAAAUUGUGUUUAAUGAUGGAAGAAUUCCUGGAGCAGGAAGCAAUGUGAUAUGUAAGACAAGGCUUCUGUCCAGAGGGCUCUGAAGAGGCAGGCCAGGGUCUGGACCUUGUUACCCAUUAGCAGGAGCAACUCAGGUCCUUGCUUGAGCUCUGACACUGGAGAUGUCACUGGAGAUGUUCCACUGGAUGGAACACUCUGUGUAUGCUGGCAGCUGCAGCCUUCCUCAUUAGGGCUGUGAGUAACUUGUUGGUAUAACMAAGCUCACAGCAAUAUUGGAAUUGUGUUUUUCCUUCAGGUUAACAAGACUUACCAUGAGACCCACAGCAUUGUCCUUGAGAUUCUCUCAGAAGGGGCAAAGUUAAGGUCUGAAAAAGAUGCCUUUGGAUAGAUGGGGUGGGGGGAGCAGAUGUACAACUCUCAUGUUUCCUUUUUUGCAGAACAUGAGUAAAAAGUAUCUGCAUUUCAUUUCCAAGGUAACUCAGGACAGGAACACAUGACUGA